CUUCAUCUUCCUCAUAGGCCCUGCUAUGACGGCGUCGGCAAAAGAUUUACCGUUCUAGCCAGCAUAAAUGGAGUGAUCCACGAAUGACAAUAAAGCCAUUUUGCCCUGACUGACAGGGUUACAGGGUCUUAUUGGCCACUAUGACCCGUCACUGCCCCUGCUGUCUGUCCGUGUCGACGGCGUUUAGCAGCAGGCUCGGCGUAUCCCCGAAGAGCCACAGCGAUUGCUCUGUUGCCAUGUCGGCUAGUAUAAAUAGGAACGGCGUUACUAGCUGUCAGGUAACUGAAUCUCCGAUGUGGAGAACUGAAGAGGCUGACCAUAGCGAGAAGAAUGACAUCUAUCAUAUCGGAGAAGCCAAACUCCGGACGUGCACAAUCGUACCUAAUGUUGAGCUGCAGGAAGUGAUAAGAAACUGGCUGGAUACGAACCGUCAGUCUUGAAUUUUAACUGACUAUAAAUUGCCUGCGUAUCCGCUGUUCUGACUCAACUUGUCUGGACAUAGAUAGCUCAAGAGUGACCACAACUAGUCUCCACCAUAGCUUGGCCUAUCUUUAGCACUCUUCACACGUUUCUCUACUACUACUACUACUACUGAUAGAUCGGGCAAUGAGCGAC